AUGACUCCAUGCUGUGUCCCUCCAUCACCACCAUGCCCAAAAAAGGCUGAAAGUGAUGCUACAGGUGAUAAAGCCAGGGUGAAGGAUGAGCCACAGAGAAGUUCUGCGAGUUUAUCUGCUAAAACCCACUCUCCAGAGCCAGAGCCCAAGCCUGAGAAGGCCCCUACAAAGAAGGGAGAGAAGGUACCAAAAGGGAAAAGGGGAUGCUGCAAGGGUGGGAAUAACCCUGCAGAAAACAGAGAUGCCCAAAAAGACCAGGCACCAAAAGCUGAAGGUGCUGGAGAUGCCAACUGAAGUGUGCACAGUCUUGUACUUCUGGUGAAUGUACAGUUUAAAAUACUAUUCUUAACAAGUUCUAUAAAUGUGCAGAAUUUUGUUUGACUUUUUUUUUUUAAUCUAUGUUGUUAGCACACAGAAUAUUUCAUUGGGGGAAGGGCAUAUGUCCCUAUUAGAAUAUCACUGAAGCUAGAUUGAUACAGGGGGGAAACACCUUUCUCUUCUAGUUUUGAGAGACUUCUUCUUGGUUCCCAGGAGGAGGGAUUCCUUGAUGUUGAAGCAC